GUAUUAGAGACAUGGAAAGAAAUUAGCCCAAAUAUUUUGGUCAAAUCUUUCGAAGCAUCAGGUUUUACACUUGAUUCUAAUGGUAGCAAAGAUGAUAAAAUAUCGCACUACCUCAAAGCUAUUGUCAAAAAUCAUCUAGAUGAAUUGUCAAUUGAUGAUGAAGAAGCACCAAAUUAUAAUAAUGGUAAACCAGAUGAUGAUGAACUAGAUAAUGGUGGUAAGUCAGAUGAUGAUAAACUGGAUAAUAGUGAGUCAGAUAAUAAUAAGCUAGAUUAUGGUGAGCUGGAUUAUG